UAAAUCAUUACAUAAAGAUAAAUUGUUUUCAAAUAUAAAAAGAAGCCAUUCUUUUUUGCAUAGACUAAUAAGAAAAUAUGUUUACAUAAAUUAAAACAAAGGGAGUAUAAAUUAAUAUGAGAUUACUUUAGGUGGUAUCUUAGCUGGUAAACAUGGAAGUCGGUGUUUAGCUUGGUUAUUUGUCUGACUUUUGAAUGCUUUCUUGAUGGAUAGGACAAAAGUGGCCUUUCCGACUUCUUGUUCUCUCUUCCCCCUUUCCGUACACUGUUUGGGUGGGUGAAACAGGUCUUAUAAUGGAACUAGGAGCCCAUUUGGCUUAGCUUAUAAGUUGCUGAGCUGUUUUCAGCUUUUUUGAGUGUUUGGUUGGCCAGCUUAUAAGUCAUUUUGUGCUUAAAAUAAGCCCAAAAAAAUAAGUUGAGGUAGCCCAACUUAUAAGCCAUAUAAGCUGUUUUCAGCUUAUAAACUGCUUUUUUUAAGCUAAGCCAAACGGGCCCUAGGACAAUGUUUAUGAACCAACUGACUAAUAGAAUUAGAUAACUCGGAUAAUUAGUUUGGGGAAAAAGUUAUGACAAGUAUAAUCUGCCUGUGAGACAUAAGGCAAUCUAAAUUGAUGUUUAUGGGAGUCAAAAUAGUUUAUUAUGGUUUGCCUUUUAGAAGUGAACAUAUGUUUUCUUCCUGGUAUUAGCUAAUUUUUUACAAGGUUUCAUUAUCUUUUAGUUUCUCGGCCUUCUUUUUGCAUUAAUGUUGUUAUUUUGCCUUAAUCUUCUGAUGAUAUGUACUUACGCGACAUCUUUUGAAUUUUCGUGCUCUGGUAUGAUCUGAUUUCAUUUAUUCUCUUAUUUUGCUGCUUUUACUUAUCAAGUCAUUGUCUUGUGUAGGGUGUCGUGGUUUACCACCGGUUUGUUGCACUUCCUUAUUCUGCUCAGUUUGUGAGCUCGGUUUCUCUAUAAAGGAACACUGAAGGCCCUUGUGAACAUAUACAAUAUUGCAUACAUCAUAUAUAGAAGAGGCAAUUAGAGUCUUUUGAAUGCAAGCAUCACAGCGAUAUAGUAGGUCAGCAAUGUCUGAUACUAUUUACAUUCAGCCUGUUCCGAAAGAAGAGGCCUGCUAUCUUCCUCAGUUUCAAAAGUUAGACAACCAGCUGAGCAGUAUUAAUCGAAGCGAAGCAGACAACUACUCCGUUCAAACUUAUUCUGAUCGGUAUGGCACGCUGGAGUCCUUCUCACCUACUGGCAGGUAUGCUGUUCAGAACACAGCAUCAGCUGUCAGUUUCACUCCAAAUGGAAGUCCAAUUUCCCAUCAAGAAUCUCAGUCAUGCUUAUCAGAUGGACAUUCCACCUCCCCAGUAAGCGGGUCCUGCAUCAUAGAUGACGUGAAUGAUUUCAGGCACAAGUUAAAAGAAUUGGAAACUGUAAUGUUGGGACCCGAUUCAGACAUUCUGGAGAGUUCUGAUAAUUCCCUGCCGAGCUGUAUGACCUCUCCAGAAAUUGACUGUUGGAGACAAAUGAUGGAGGCGAUACCUAGAGGGGAUUUGAAACAUGUGCUUAUUGCAUGCGCAAAAGCAGAAGCAGAUGGUGAUUUGCUUACAGCUCAGUGGUUGAUAUCAGAGUUACGUCAAAUGGUGUCAGUAUCAGGGGAACCAAUUCAGCGACUCGGAGCAUAUAUCCUUGAAGGGCUUGUAGCAAGGUUAGCAGCAUCAGGAAGUUCCAUAUACAGAUCUCUAAGAUGCAAAGAACCAGCUGGUUUUGAACUGCUUUCAUACAUGCAUAUUCUGCAUGAGGUUUGCCCAUACUUCAAAUUUGGAUACAUGUCGGCUAAUGGUGCCAUUGCAGAAGCAAUGAAGGAUGAAAAUAGAGUUCAUAUAAUCGAUUUCCAAAUAGCUCAAGGGAGCCAGUGGGUUACUCUAAUCCAAGCGUUUGCAGCUCGGCCUGGAGGUCCACCUCAUAUCCGCAUAACGGGUAUUGAUGAUUCCACAUCAGCCUAUGCACGUGGAGGAGGACUUAAUAUUGUUGGCAAGAGGCUUUCUAAGCUUGCUGAGUCCUUCAAGGUGCCUUUCGAGUUUCAUGCUGCUGCCAUAUCUAGUUCUGAUGUUCAGCUAGAGAACCUUGGAAUUCGACCUGGCGAAGCACUGGCUGUAAAUUUGGCAUUUGUGUUACAUCACAUGCCAGACGAAAGUGUGAGCACUGAAAAUCACCGGGAUAGAUUAAUACGGCUGGUUAAGAGCUUGAAUCCCAAGGUGGUUACCCUUGUUGAGCAAGAAUCUAAUACAAAUACUGCAGCUUUCUUUCCUCGAUUCCUUGAAACUUUAAAUUACUAUACAGCCAUGUUUGCAUCAAUCGAUGUGACUCUUCCGAGGGAGCAUAAGGAGCGGAUCAAUGUUGAGCAGCAUUGUUUGGCAAGAGACAUUGUUAACAUCAUCGCAUGCGAGGGAACUCAGAGGGUGGAGCGGCAUGAGCUUCUUGGUAAGUGGAAGUUACGGUUUAGAAUGGCUGGUUUCAGCCCAUAUCCGUUGAGUUCGUUGGUGAAUGCUACUAUAAAGAAUUUGCUAGAAAACUACUGCGAUAAAUAUCGGCUUGAAGAAAGAGAUGGAUCUUUGUACCUUGGUUGGAUGAACAGAGAUUUGGUUGCUUCUUGUGCGUGGAUGUAGAGUUUGAAAGGGCUGGGGAUGAAUUUAGGAGUCUUUUUGCAAGCCGUAUGUGGUGAGAGUCACACGGACCCACAUAUAUAGGAACAGUAAAAGAAUCAUCUUGACACUAAACCAGAUCGAGCCCAGGAUCUUUUUGGAAAUGUGAAGAUCUAGUUAUUCUUAGUAGCAGGCUGUGUGGAACCUUUAGUUUUCUUGUCAUUUUGUCACUAGCCAAUUACUCCCCCUCUUUAGUUGGGAAUGGCUUAAGAAAAAAUAAGGUUCCUCCACAUUUUAUCCACUUAAUCAAUCAAUCAACCAAAGCUUCUUUCUUGGAAA